CAUUGUUUUCCGCCAGCCUAUUAUCCAUCUGUCACCUUCUAUCCUCCUCCGCCGGCCUUCCAAUUCCCCUAACUCGUAAAAUCCUCUCUUGCUUCCACUGCUUACUUCCUCUCUUUUCUUGACCUCUCUCUUCUCAAAACCUCUCCUUUAAGUACAACUCCACCGCAAGUCCGAAUCUUUAGGGAGAACCGAAGAACUCGCUCUCUUCUCUUCUCACUCUCUCUCUCUAUCUUCCUCGGUCUGUAGUGGAGAGCAGAGAGUGAAAAACAGUUGCAGAGAUCAAUGGAUAGGCUAAUAAGAAUCGAGCCGACGAACGAGGUCACCGUCAGGCUCGAACCGGGCCAGCGCUCCUACGGCGUGUUCACCCUUCGAAAUGUUAUGUACACCAUGCCGGUCGCCUUCCGCCUCCUCCCGCUCAACCGAAACCGGUUCUCCAUCCGACCUCAAACAGGCAUCAUCGCCCCCCUCGCCACGCUCACCGUAGAAAUCACAUACCUUGCUCCACUUCCACCGGCGCCAUUUCUCCCAGACAGUGCGCCAGAAUCCGACGACUCCUUCUUCCUCGACUCCGUCGUCUCCCCUGGAGCUUCUUUCAAAGACGGUGCCUCUGCCACAGCCCUCGACGCCGUCCCCGCUGACUGGUUCACCGCAAAGAAAAAACAAGUUUUUACCGAUUCCGCGCUCCGUAUCUUCUACGUCGGCUCAGCUGUGUUAGCCCGACUCGUUGACACGGGAGACAUGGAGAAGGUUCGCGAAGUGUUGGAGAGGAGCGAUCCGGCGUGGCGCGCCGCCGACUCUUCUGAUGCGAGCGGUGAGAGUCUCCUCCACCUCGCAAUUUCCCGCAGCCGCGCGGAUCUUGCGCAGCUCGUUCUCGAAUUCGGCGCCGACGUGGAAGCGAGAAGCAGAACAGGGCGGUCGCCACUGGAAGCUGCUGCGGCGGCUGGGGAGACGUUGAUCGCCGAGCUACUCCUUGCGCGUGGGGCCUCUACAGAGCGAUCCAGCGGAUCUCCGUUGGGACCAAUUCAUCUCGCGGCCGCAGGGGGGCAUACCGAGCUUCUCCGGCUUCUACUUCUAAAAGGCGCGGCACCGGAGGCCACCGCUGCUGACGGGCGUACCGCACUGCAUCUGGCGGCAGCAGAGCAGCGCCGGGAAUGCGUGGGGCUUCUGCUUUCCGCCGGAUCGCGAGCUGACGUGUGCGGCGGAGCCGCGAAGGAGACGCCGCUGCACCUGGCAGCGGCGGCAGGGGACGAGGCAACGGCGCGGCUGCUGAUAUCGAGCGGCUGUGCUGGGCUGAGGGAAGCGAGGAAUGGGGCCGGGAAGACGGCGUUCGACGUUGCAGCAGAGGAAGGUCAAAGGAGGCUUUUUGAUAUGCUUAAAGCCGGCGAGAGCCUUGCGGCGGCCGCGAGGAGUGGGGAUGUGAGUGCGGUGGUGAGGGCUAUCGAAAUGGGAGCGGCAGUGGAUGGAAGAGAUGGGUUGGGAUGGACGGCGUUGAUGCGCGCCGGAUUCAAAGGCAGGGUUGAGAUAAUGAGGAUUCUGAUCGAGAAAGGAGCCGCCUUGGAUGCCAGAGACGAGGCAGGGUACACGGCGCUGCACUGCGCGGUGGAGGCCGGACAAGUGGAGGCGGUCGAGGUUCUCGUAAAGCGAGGGACGGAUGUGGAGGCGAGGACGGCGAAGGGUAAGACGGCAGUGGAGAUCGCGACGGCGUUAGGGUACGCCGGGCUUGUGAGGAUUCUUGUUCAGGGAGGAGCCGUGGCAGCGCAAGGGAUGGCUGCGCCGGCUGUGGCGCAGAUUCCACUGCCGCCGGCCAAAGAGAAGUUGGGAAAAGGGAGGGUUUUGAUGGUGAAGGAGAAGGAGAAGAAGGGGAAGAGGAAAGGGGGAAGCAUUGUCGCCGGAGCAAGAAGGGUGACGAGCGCCGGGUUUGUUGAUCAACCGGUGGCCAUGGCGGUGGCAAGUUAUUAAGCGCCGGCCAAAGGCCUGUUUAGUCUAGUUUGUGAAUCGUUAAGUGAAGUGUGAAUUUGAAUUUGUUGGAGGAAAAUUAAGGAUGAAGUGAGAUAAAAGAUGAUUUCUGUGAGUGGAGAAA